ACUAUCACGUUUCUUGUGCUUUGCUCAAAGGCUUAGCUGCUUACACAACCACCCACCCAUCUUUACACCUCACCUGCAUCCAUUGCCUUACACGUCGCAAUUCUUUAAUUCUUGUUGUCCUUUUUCCCAAAAGGAAACACACCCGCCUCGAUUGCGUUCAACAUCACCACCCCACAACAACCCCGACUAAUCAACCAUGUCGACGAUACAGAAUCUUAAGAACUUCAUCCGCCACGGCAAGCAGGCGCGGGACCAGAACCCAAAGUCGCCGCCUGACCAACCUGCCGUGUCUAAUGUUCACGCCCAACGUCACCACAACACCCAACACAAUUCACCAAGACAACAAGAGCAAAGGCAUCAUGACCAAUAUGCCAUGAGUGAUCCCAACGUCUACGCCCACCAACCUCUGCAAGCAAAUGCCCCUCAAGGCGACUUCUCAGCAGCUGCCAUCGACAACCGCAACGUCGCUGCUAAGGCCGGUGCUGCCGCCGGUCAAGCUGUCGACAAGCAACAUAAGAAGGAGCAAGCUAGAAAGGAUGUCGACCCAGAUGUGCUUGAGCGCAUCGUUGCAGAGGAGCGUGAGGCUAAGGGCAAGCUUCCCAGAUACCCCGGACUGGAGAGAUGGAACCUCGUCGAGAAAAUGGGCGACGGCGCCUUCAGUAAUGUCUACCGUGCAAGAGACACCCAAGGUGUCUACAACGAAGUCGCCAUCAAGGUUGUGAGAAAGUUCGAGAUGAACUCAACCCAGGGCGACAAGGUUCUUCAUCCGGAUUUCAAGAAGACGCCCAAGGGAGUGGAGCGUGCCAACAUCCUCAAGGAAGUUCAAAUCAUGCGUCAACUAGACCACCCCAAUAUUGUCAAGCUUGUUGAAUUCUCAGAGGCUCGUCAAUACUACUACAUCGUUCUCGAGCUCUGCCCCGGUGGUGAGCUUUUCCACCAGAUCGUCCGUCUCACCUACUUCAGCGAGGACCUGUCAAGACACGUCAUCGUUCAGGUUGCAAAGGCUCUUCAGUACAUGCACGAGGAGGCUGGUGUCGUUCACCGUGAUAUCAAGCCCGAGAACUUGCUCUUCUACCCUACACCUUUCAUCCCCACCAGAAACCCUAAGCCCAGAGGUCCCGAUGACGAGGACAAGGCUGAUGAGGGAGAGUUCAUCAAGGGUGUCGGUUCCGGUGGUAUUGGUCUGAUCAAGGUUGCCGACUUUGGUCUUUCCAAGGUCAUCUGGGACAGCCAGACCAUGACUCCUUGCGGAACUGUUGGUUACACUGCCCCCGAGAUUGUCAAGGAUGAGCGUUACUCCAAAUCUGUCGACAUGUGGGCUCUUGGUUGUGUUCUUUACACUCUUCUUUGCGGUUUCCCUCCAUUCUACGACGAGAGCAUUCAGGUCCUCACCGAGAAGGUCGCCAAGGGACAGUAUACCUUCCUGUCUCCUUGGUGGGACGACAUCUCAAAGUCUGCCCAGGAUCUUGUUUCGCACUUGUUGACCGUCGACCCUGACAAGCGUUACGACAUCAACCAGUUCCUCGACCACCCCUGGAUUCGUGAGUCUGACGAAGUCACCAACGCUGCUGCCGACGCUCCUCCUCUCGCUACUCCUCUCUACAAGCAACCUCACUCUGCCGACAUGGACUCCAAGACCCCUCUCCAGCCCAACUUCGCGUACCUCGACGAGACUCCCGGUGCUGGAAAGCGCAUGGACUUCCGUUCCCCUGGUGCUGUCAACUUGCGUGAGGUCUUUGAUGUUUCUUACGCUGUCCAUCGCCAAGAAGAGGAAGGUAAGCGCCGCAAGAACUUCAAGCAAGGAUACCGUGGUGCUACUGGUCUCAACUCGCUCAACGCACUUGAUGAGGAUGAGGAUGAUGAGUACGGUCAAUCGCAACCCUACGACGCCUCUUCGGCAAACCCUCCGGCCAAGGUCCCCAAGUCUGGCGCACCUGAUGUCACUAGCGUCGAACGUCAAAUGCGUAACACCUCGUUGUCAGCUGCUGCUCAAGCUCGCCAGCAGGCCGCUCCUCGCACCCAACCCCAAGAGAAGGGCUACGGCCAACACAGUGCAGCUGUCGCAGCUGCAGCUAAGCGCCAGGUUAAGAACCGUGGUGCCUUCGAGUUGAGUCUGGACAACGCCACACUAUUGGGCCGUCGCAAGAAGCCCGAGCCCAGCAAGAUGAGAGAGCAGCUUACUGUGCAGUAAAGCUGAGCAGGACGACGAUUCCAUUUAAUGUUAUACACUUCUUUGUCAUGACGACCGACGUUUCCACAUGGAAAGGAAAAAAGGGAACCGGUCACUACAUUUUCCAUCAAGGGUCGCGAC